AAAAGGGAGAGUUGGCAACGCUGCUCCUCCACCAGCAGACAACAAUGGCCGCCACAAGGAGGCUACAGAAGGAGCUGGCGGACAUUCGAAAGUCAGGCAUCAAGUCAUUCAGGGACAUCCAGGUUGACGAGACCAACAUACUCACAUGGCAGGGACUCAUCGUGCCCGAGAACCCGCCCUACAACAAGGGGGCGUUUCGCAUCGAGGUCAACUUCCCGGCGGAGUACCCGUUCAAACCGCCAAAGAUCAACUUCAAGACCAAGAUUUACCACCCCAAUGUUGACGAGAAAGGACAGGUGUGUUUGCCCAUCAUUAGUGCAGAGAACUGGAAGCCGGCCACCAAAACGGACCAAGUUAUCGAGGCCCUGAUCAACCUAGUGAAUGAGCCCGAGCCGGAGCACCCGCUGCGCGCUGACCUGGCCGAGGACUACACCAAAGACCGCAAGAAGUUCAUGAAAAACGCAGAGGAGUUCACCAAGAAGAACUCCGAGAAACGGCCGGCUGACUAACCUGUCCGCGCCCCCUGUAGCCUGUGAUCCAGCAAGGCGCUCGUCAGGCAGAAGCUCUUCCUUAGCGAGACACACACACACACAUACACGUUCACUCACACUCGCUCACUCCCUGCUUUCUAUUGUACCUCCUUCCCUUCUUGUUCGUAGUAUAGGCUCUCUGGUACUUUGCACUCUUCUAUAACUCUGUCUGCUCUUUUGUAUACCUCUAUAUCUUGUUCCAAAGCCUCCCUUAUGUUUCUCUACUUCUUGUUCUUCUCCUUCUCCUCCUCCUCUUCCUUCUAAACCCACAUAUCUUUUUCUCUUUCUCUCCUGUUCCUCCCAUCCUCUCUUUCCUCUUUUUUUAUAUCUCAUUUUUUCUUCCUCCUCCUCCUCUUUCUCCAUUUCACUCCUGUUCUUUCUCCUCCUUCCUCUUCCUCUCUCUCCUUCUCCUCCUACUGUUCCUGUUUCUCUCUCACUCUCCUCUUCCUCCUCCUCCUUGCUCUCCAUUCCCUCUCUCACACACACACACACACACACACACACACACACACACACACACACACACACAUGCGGCCACCAUCCCAUCCUCCCAGUGGUGUUUUAAAGAGAGAGAGAGAGAGAGUGAUUGCGUCGGUGUUGUGUGUUGCAGGCUGCCGGAACACUGCAACACUGGGCCAGUCAGUGUGUUGCCUGGAGUGUUGUUGCACAGCUCCACUACCAGCAUUUAUUUGAGGUUUUUGUUUUAUCUGUUUUUUUUUACAUGUAGUUAUUUAUUGGGUAGUGAGGGCAUGGCUGGUGUGUGUGUGUGUGUGUGUGUGUGUGUGUGUGUGUGUGUGUGUGUUGAGGUGGUAGAGACGGAUCCAGGAAUUAGUGGUGUAGUGUGCCGAGCCAGCCAUGCCAAGCAGAGCUGUCGUGUGUGUGUGUGUGUGUGUGUGUGUGUGUGUGUGUGUGUGUGUGUGUGUCAGGCUGCCAUCGCUGCCGCACCACCAUGGAGGCCCCCCCUGCCCCCUCCCCGGGUGUCUGCCUGACAAGUGUCCUUGCUGUCCUAGACGUAUGUUAGCUUCCUAAGUCUUGUUGCUUUUACAGGUAUUUUUGAAGUAAAAUAAUGAUAAUGUGGAACAGAGUUCUUGUGAUUAAAUUAUAAAGUUUCAAGACUUCAGAGUGUGCCGCAGGAGGUGCCAGGCUGCCCCCCGACCCUCUCCAACCCCUGCUGGUGCCUCAUUGAGGGCCAGGCACUAACCCCGUGUCUGGCCCCCGCCAGGCACUGCCCCCCCUCCCCCCCCUCAGUACAUAUCACCAGUCACACCGUGUUGGGGAAACAAAAUACUUCAUGACCAGACUAAAUUGUUGACACUCAAAGUAUAAUUCUUGUACCAAUUGGCUGUGACUAUGUUAUAAGUGUUGUGGCCCGGCCCACGGCGGCCGGCGCUGCGCUGAGACCUUGUUGGUGUGUUCCUGCAGCAGCAGCCCCGGGGGGGUGUAGCCCGGCAGCCCUGCGGCCACUCGUGUAUGAGCUUCACCUCACUCAGUGCGGCUGAACUGUUCCCCAAGUGUUUUUGUGGGGGCGCCCCGCCCCAUUUUGUACUUAAGACUCUCCACAGUCUUGUGACUCCCGGCCGCGGCUCCCCGGCCGCCACCGGUGUGUCGGGGGCGCGGCGGGAGGCGUCUCAAGUUGAGACACGCCAAGGUGGCGGCCCCGGCGGUGGGCGGCUGCCCGGCGCGGGGCCGCCGCAGACCGUUACUUUGUGUUGUCAGUAUUGUCCUCCGCAGCAGCAGCAGCAGAAUGUAUACUACAGAGUUUUUAUACCCGAUGAUGCCACGUGUGCGAGGGACUGUGUCUGGCAGCGGCCGCCACGGUGGAGGGACACGCCACCCUGACCAGAAACACUUGCCUUAUACCGUGUGUUUGCGCCAUGACCAAGCUGUGACGCCUCUCCUCACCCUGUUGUGUUGCCGCACCACCCGUCACAGGUGUUAGGCCCCGUACUCCCCCCCUCUUGAUAAACCUUCCCGGCUGGCACAGGGCAGCCGCCAGACAGUGCCGCGUCAAGCGUAGCCUCACACACUGGAGCAGGACAACACAGAACCAUAAGGGCGAACACAGAGGCAGGGAAGAGGAGUUACCCCUACACACCACCCCCUCUCCCUGUGUCCCUCCUCAGCACUCAUGUGAGGCACCAUAACUGCCACUACCAUAAGACAGGGCAUGUGUAGACUGAUGAUUUAGAGGCAGCAGCAACCCAACACAUUAGACAACCACUAUACAGGCAGCAGAGAUCUCCAUCCAUCACCAGUUAACCACUCUACCUGUUCAAAUACGAGGUGUUUUUACCUUACAACACCUGUGAGAGAAUGAUGACCCCCUUCCUACCCCCGUAUACUGACCCCCCCCUCCUUCCCCGUAACGCCCUAAUCAAUUUCUUUAACCGAGGGACUCAAUCGUUUUUCAUAGCUUUCGGAGAUGUGUGAAUGCAGUGUUUCCAGGAGACGAACCGACCGAUUUUUUGUUUACGUUUAUCGUGAGUGCUCCGUUGUGUAAUCAAUUCAUUCAACCCUUCCAUGCUAGGUAGUUAAGGCUCUCCCCGCGGCCCUGAUGAACCCUCUGAGUAAUGACUUGGCUUUGUUCUCUGUCGCAUAUGGAAGGAAGAAGAAGAAAGGUUAUAUGAGUGAA